AUGAUACCACAACAGGUGGUGGAAGAAUCAAUGGCUGAUAAGCAACUAAAGCUGAAAUACCCCGUUAUUCAUCUAACCUCUUCGUACAAUGAAAAAUUACAGACCCAACCAUCUAUUAUUCGGAUUACCCACACUCAGAUCCAAAAUGAACUGGAUCUAAAUCCACUUUUCUUUUUUCCUACGACUUCAUCUCCUUCAAGCGAGCGAGAACUCAUUCACGGAAAAUACGAAAUCCUUCUCCCAGCUUCAAACAGAAUCCUUCUCCCAGCCGCAGCCACCUCGGCCUUUGCCUCAUCAUCAUCCUCAGAUGCCGCACCUUUGUCGCCCUCUGACGGUGUCGUUUCCUCCAUAACUGGCGGCUUCUUCGCCUCUCUGCUGUCUCGACUUGACAAUGUCUCUUCUCUUCUGGCCAUCAACCCCUUCUACAAGCUCUCCGCCGAUGACUUUUCAGGUGAGACGCCGUGGACCACCCGUUUCUUUGGCAUGUGUGACUCUUAUUCAUUCCCGUUGUCUUCUCAGCAAGCGAGAAUGAUAGUCCAUGAGAAUAUAAAGCUAUUCACCAGGAAUUACGCUAUGCUCUUCAUCGUAUUAGAUGCUGCUUGCGUUGGUUGGAUACUUAGCAAGCUUAGCCCUUUCGGAGCUCUCUUCUUGAGGAAAUCGGUUCUUGUUCUUUCGGACUAUGCAACCCCUACUUCUCAGAAUCUUUUGGCUCGUUUGGCUAUAGAGAGCAUUGUGUUUCAUGUGGUGAUGAACCUUAGAGGAUGUGCUGGUUUGGUAUAA